CUAAAAAAAAUUUCGCAACAUUGCCAAACUUGGGGUUCUUCACCUCCUUCCUCAUUGUUCUCUGAUCGAAAAUAUCUAUUGGGUAAAACAAUGGAUGAGAAAAAAGCAGCAAGAGCGCUAAGCGUUCACCUAGCUCUACCUCCUCCUCCACCUCCUACUGUAGCUGUAGCCAUUAAUGGAAAGAAAAAGAGCAAAUACGUAGCCUUUUGGGCUCUUGAGAAGUUCAUUCCCGAAGGCUUCUCUGAUUUCAAAUUGCUCUACGUUCGUCCUCCUGUCACUUACAUCCCUACCCCAAUGGGGAAUGCGAUAUCGGUAACAGAGCUUAGAGAUGAUCUCGUAUCGGCUUACAAACAAGAAUUGGAUUGGAACACAAAAGAGAUGCUUCAACCUUACAAGAAGAUGUUCGACAGGAGAAAGGUGCAAGUAGAGAUUCUCGUGCUUGAAUCAAACGAUCCUUCUGCUGCUAUAGCGCAAGAGAUUGCCGGAACAGGAGUCACCAAGCUCGUUAUAGGAAUGUCUCUUCGAGGAUUCUUCUCAAGAAAGAUCGAUAUGUCUUCCAUGAUCGCGACCGCUGUGCCAAGAUUCUGCACCGUCUACGUGGUUUCAAAGGGGAAGCUAGCUUCCGUGCGUCCUUCCGAUUCAGACGCUAGCGGAAGCAUAAGACUGGAGACAAGUAGUUCCACGAGUGGCUCCACUGAUAGUCCUAGACUCCCUUCUGAAUACCAAGGCUUCAACUCGUUUGUUUCGGAAGCUCAGUCUCGAGUCUCGGAGAUGAGAAGCAGCGGUGUGGCUCACAUGGACACGAGCUGUAGCGAGACGGGUCAAUCAGAUGUGUCUAGGGAGAGAGGGAUGCAGAUUGUACUGAGCGGCGGCGGCGGCGGUGGUGGUGGUAAUGAAGGGAGGAAGAGUAACUAUAACAAUAACAAUGAGAGCUUUAGCGCAUCGUUUCCAAUGGGAGAGGAGGCGUAUCACGCUAUGAGCUGGACUUCUAGAUGGAGAGAUCAUGAGGAAAGGAGAUCGAUCAUGAGCUCUUCUUCUAGCAACAACCACGAGCUAGCCAAUAUGGAGUGGGGUGCAGUUGUUCCUGAGAACUAUUCUUGGGUUUCUCAUCAAGCUUCUAACAUGUCUGAUGGACGCAUCAGUUUCCACUCCUUCAACGAUAAUCAGGUGAAUCUGACCUUUGAGAUAGAGAAGCUGAGAUCCGAACUGCAACAUCUUCAGGAGAUGUAUGCCAUGGCUCAAAACGAGAAUGUCGAUGCCUCGAAAAAGCUAAAUGAGCUAAACCAGAGAAGAUUCGAGGAGUCAGAGAAGCUUGAGGAUCUUAAAGAAAAGGAAGAAGCAGCUAAAGAUACAGCUUCAAAGGAGAGGCAGAGGUACGAAGAGGUGAUGAAGGAGGCAGAGAAGGUUAAAGAGCUAAUGGUGAAAGAGGCUUUACAUAGAAGAGAAGCUGAGAUUAAAGCGGAACGUGAAGCUAAAGAGAAAGAUAAGCUCCAAGCUUCCCUCGUCUGCCCCGGGAUACAGUACCAGCAUUACUCGUGGGAGGAAAUCACAGCCGCGACUAAUGAUUUUUCAGAAGAUCUCAAGAUCGGACUUGGAGCGUAUGGAACUGUCUACAAAUGCAAUCUCCAUCACACGACCGGUGCUGUCAAGGUCCUUCACGCCGGAGAAACUCAGCUCUCUAAACAGUUCGACCAAGAGCUUGAAAUCUUGAGCAAGAUCCGUCAUCCUCACCUCGUCCUUCUCCUCGGGGCGUGUCCUGAGCGAGGCUGCCUCAUCUACGAGUACAUGGACAACGGAAGCUUAGAUGACAGGUUGAUGCUAGUCAACGACACACCGCCCAUCCCUUGGUUCGAGCGUUUCAGGAUCGCUUUAGAAGUCGCUUCAGCGCUUGUCUUCCUCCACAAAUCCAAGCCUAGACCCAUCAUUCACCGUGACCUCAAACCAGGAAACAUAUUGCUCGACCAAAACUUCGUCAGUAAACUCGGCGACGUUGGUCUCUCCACGAUGGUUAACCAAGACGACGCUGCUUCUAAACUAACCGUCUUCAAGAAAACCAGUCCCGUGGGAACGCUCUGUUACAUCGACCCGGAGUAUCAGCGGACCGGGAUCAUCUCGCCUAAGUCGGAUGUGUACUCUCUAGGUGUUGUGAUUCUGCAGCUCAUAACCGCGAAGCCAGCCAUAGCGAUUACUCAUAUGGUGGAAGAAGCGAUAGGGGACGAUGCUGAGUUUAUGGCACUGUUGGAUGUGAAAGCUGGAUCUUGGCCUAUUAGUGAGACUCGUGAGUUAGCUGCUUUGGGACUGUGUUGUACUGAAAUGAGACGCAGAGACAGACCAGACCUUAAAGAUCAGAUCAUACCGACUUUAGAAAGGCUUUGGAAAGUUGUCGAAAAAGCUCAAAACUCACUCUCUAGAACUUCGCUGGAUCCUCCAUCUCAUUUCAUUUGCCCACUUCUCAAGGGAGUGAUGAACCAGCCCUGCGUGGCUGCAGAUGGGUUCACGUACGAUCGUGAAGCCAUAGAGGACUGGCUGAGAGAGAAUGAUACAUCGCCAGUGACGAACCUUCCAUUGCCUAACAAGAACCUUCUUGCUAAUUACACUCUUUACUCAGCCAUCAUGGAGUGGAAAGCCAAUAAAUAAUAUCGAGAGAGGGAGAGAGAUUCGACAAUAAGUAUGAUGGAUUCUAUCUAUGUCUUAACUAUUUUAUCUCUUUCGUGUGGUUUCUCUCUUUGUUUUUCCCUUUGUCUCUGUACCAACGAUUUUAUGUUUUGUGUGAUGAGAUGCAAGAUUAAAA